UUUGACGCGCUGUCCAAAACAUUGCGACCGAAAACAUCCAGGAAAGGAAUAGGGAUUAACAUACAGAUAUACACAUAGCUAGCUAAUAUUCAAGACUUUUUAAAUCUUUUCUGUAUCAUGACGUCUCUAAAUGAAAAUUCGCUUCAAUUGAGGCUGGAGAAACGAAAGGGAACAAUGUCAGAAGUGGACAGAGCACAUUUCGAAAAACAGCAAGCCGAAUGCAUCAUUAAAGCAAUUAAAAAUGAAGAGUCGCCAGCCAAAGAAAAACAUGUUCGUCGUACUAUCAUUGGUACAUGGCAAGAGCGUGGCAAUUCUAUGUUUUGGGGCGUCAUUGGUAAACAACCAUUGCCAUCACAAGCAAUUUUAUGUUGGAAAUCACUUACUGUUUUGCAUAAAAUAACAAGAGAAGGUCAUCCAAAUGUUUUGAAAGAUUCAUAUGUAUAUCGAAAAACAUUGCGAGAUUUGUUUAGUGUUUACAGAUUUCAAGCUGGAACUUAUGGCCCCUUGAUUUGUGAAUAUUUAAAAAUUUUGCAAUCCAAAUUAGAAUUACACCACAAGUAUCCUGGAAUACCUGGUUCUUUGUCAUUCUCACAAGAAAAUCCAGUAAAAAUACCAGAACGUGAUAUAAAUGAUAUAUUUACUUUUGCAGUGGAGUCUCUUGACUAUCAAGAUCUACUUCUCUCGUUAGAAGAAAAUGUGUUCAAGACCCUUGACAAAUCAAAAAAUAAUUCACAAAUUGCUGCAUCACAAUGUAGAAUUGCAACGUUAGUUCCAUUGAUUAAGGAAUGCAGUGGAAUGUAUGAUUUGUUGGUGUAUGUCUUAACUAAACUUCACAAAAAUUUACCUCCUGAAACUCUUGAUGGGCAUCGAGAAAGAUUUAAUGUUCAGCAUAAAAGGUUGCGUGUAUUUUGUUUCGAAGCAGGCACUCUACAAUACGUCACUAAUUUGACAGCAAUUCCAAAUAUUCCUGAACAACCACCUGAUUUUCUUAUACAUAAAUACGAACCAAAGAAAAAACGGGAAAAGCCUAAGGAGGAACCAAAGCCUGUCCAAAUCGCUCCACAAAUUGAUGAAAGAGAUGUGUUGAUUGAGCAGCUAAUGAGGGAAAUAGAAGAAUUACGGGAACAACUGGAGUACACAGAAAAACAGGCAAAUGAAAUGGAGACUAAUCUUAGAAUGCAAAUUAUGAAGCUCCAAGAAGAUCUAAAGAGGAUGGAAAAUCUCGCUAGACAAGCUAACGAAGAAAAUAAAUUUCUAAAAGAACAACAGGAAAGCAUGAAAGAGGACUCUGAUGCACAAGAGAAAGCGAAAUCAGCAGACGAGAAGUUUAAUAAAUUAAAGUUAUUAUAUGGGAAACUAAGGCAGGAACAUAUUGAUCUUCUUCGUAAGAAUGCUGAAAUCAAACAGAAAGAGGAAAAUACCCUGAAAGCCAAAGUGGAACUUGAAGAAAACCUGAACAACGCUCAAGAAGAAUUACUACAAAAGGAGAAAGAGCUUGCUAAUUAUCAAGAAAAACUAGAGGAAUUAGAAAAAAUUAAUCAGGAUCUAAAAAUUGAUUUUGAUCAAACAGACCAAAACAGCAAAACACAGAUUGGAAAUUUGAAUGACGAAAUUACAGCAUUGAGGAAGUCACUAACAGAUGCAGAAGAAAAAUCGAGGAAUCUGGAAAAUGAAUUAGAAGAAACUAAACGCAAAACUGAUGAACAGGUUAAGUCACUGGGAGAUCAGUUACAAAAUAUCACUACAGGAAAGAUUACAGAAGAAUCAGCAAGGAAGAAUGCAGAAGAUGCAAUUUCCCAACUGCGAAAAGAUAAAGAACAAAUGAGAAAUGAAUUAGAACAAUCUUUAGCAGAAACGAAAACUUUGUUAAGUUCAGAAGAGCAAGCAAGGAAGGAAACAGAGGACCAACUAAAGAAACUGCAAGAAGAUAUGAAUAAUGAGGUUAGUCGGUUAAAGCAAGAAAUUGAAAAAGUCACCAAAGAAAAAGAAGAUCAAGAAAAUGCAAAGAAUGCUGCACAAUCAACUUUGAAUGCGUUGCAAUCUAACAGCUCGUCAGAGAUUCAAAAGUUAACAGCGGAUUUACAAGAACUUCAUACAGCUAAGCAAUCAUUGUUGACUGAGAAGGAGAAAUUGCAACAAGAUUUAUUAUCCAGUCAAGCUGAACUAAAUAAACAGUUGUCAGAAUUGAAUGAUAGUUUAAAUGAAACAAAACAGCAGUUAUCAGAAGAGUCAACUAACAGAAUGAGACUUGAAAAUCAAUUGCAACAAAUGACAGAAGAACAUGCAUCAAAGGUUGCCAUGCUAUCUGCAGAUCUACAACAGAUAAAAACAGACAAAGAAAUGGAGGAAAAUCUAAAGAAGCAAAAAGAAGAGGAGCUAACAAUGACACGUAACAAUAAUUUAACUGCGUUGCAAGAAAAAGAAAGACAACAACAAGAAACUGCAUUGAAAGAAAAAAUUGAGUUACUUGCUGCAACUGCAAAAGAAUGUGAGGAAAUUAUUCAAGACACACUGGAAAUAUUUAAUAAUCCUUCUCAUGAAUCUGGAACAACAUGUUCUGCAGAAUAUCUUAAGUCUCGUUUGGACGGUUUAACAACACGUGUACAGAAUACAACUAAUACUUACAGUUCGUUUCACACUACACACGAAGAUGUUCUUCCACUUGUUACUAAGUUAAACUCAACCUGUCAUCAUAUAAGUGAUGCGUUGAUACACGGUAAAGCAACAUCACACAUGGCUGCGCAGGAGGAUUCACAAAGCUUGGUAACAUCUUGUAAAGGUGUUGGUGAAGCAACUCUUGCAUAUUUACAACAAUUCAAAAACCAUGCAGAUCCGUCCAAUGUUCAAAACGACGCAUCCGUGUUAGAAAAAGAAAUAACGAAAAUGAUUGAAAUUUCUGAGGAACUCGUACAAAAACAAUCUGAUUCUGCGGUUGAUGUUGAAAAUAUAGUAGAUGAAGAGAUGCAUGCAACUGAAAAGAUUGUUGCUGAUGCAGCAUCCAGGAUAGAGGAACUUCUCAACAAAUCAAGAAAAACACACAGUGGUGUGCAGUUAGAAGUCAACGAAAGAAUCUUAGACUCGUGUACCGGUUUAAUGGCUGCUAUUCAACAGUUAAUUUUACGAUCAAAAGAUUUACAAGACGAAAUUGUCGCAGAAGGGAGAGGUUCAGCCUCUGUGACGGAGUUUUAUAAACGCCAUCAUAAAUGGACAGAAGGCUUGCUUUCUGCUGCGAAAUCAGUUGGUUAUGGCGCGACCUUGCUUGUGGAUGCUGCCGACAAAGUUAUUGAGCGUAAAGCCAAAAUGGAAGAGUUAAUUGUCGCUUCUCACGAAAUUUCUGCAUCAACCGCUCAACUGGUCGCUGCUUCAAGAGUGAAGGCGUCGAAAUACAGCAAAAGUUUACCGCCAUUGAUGACGGCAUCCAAAGGAGUUGGUGAAGCCACUGCUGGUGUUGUGGCGGCUGUCAGAAGUGGUGCAGCAAUGGCUGAAGAAUCAAAAACAGUUCCUGAUUAUACAAAGAUGUCUUUAACACAAGCAAAAAGAUACGAAAUGGACAGUCAGGUUAAAAUACUUGAAUUGGAAGAUCUGUUGCAGAAAGAGAGGUCGAAACUUGGCCAAUUAAGAAAAGCACACUAUCAAAUUGCAGUAGAAUUAUACGGAGAAGAUCAGGUGAAUUUGGAUUAAAGAAGCGACUCCAUAUGCUCCGUAUGUAACUUGUAGUAUUGGCGUACCAUAAUCAUAAUUUGAAAUGUGCGCAUGCGGAGUGUAUCUUACAUAAUUGUCCCUAUAAAAAUACAAAUAUUACAGAUAUAUUUAUAUUUAAUACUAUUUGUUGGAGAAAUAUUUGUAGCACUUAUGUACGAUCUAGCCUAAUUUAUCUGCAAGCAAGGCAAAAGCCAUAGAGUGAUUUCAAUUUUUAUAACGACAUCAGCCGUAACAGCCGCCCUUGUCUAUUUUGUAUUUAUUUGCAUACUAUAUGAAACAAACUUAGAUUUUUAUAAUAGUUUAUUUUAAUUUUAUACUAGCGACCUUACGAAACAAGAACGGAGCGACGUAGCAAAUAUUUAUCAAUACGCAUGUGCAGAGUAAACUCCAAAAAUGAAGUUGCCGCUUUCCUUUGAAUGUCUUAUUUUUAUAUUAAAUAUUUUUUGUUUAACGCUUGUCCAGUGUUCUCCUUGUCAGUUCGCAUUUUUAAAAGUAGCCAUAUUUGUUUUGAUUUAUCUCCCGCGUUGUCGCUUCUGUAAUCAAUUUUUAGCGCGUUUUUCAUUUUUCGCGGGCUUUUAUGAAAAGUUAUUAAAAACUCCGUUCUGGCUUCGUCAGGUCCCUAAUUUUUAUUUAGUCACCUACUUCGUUACUACUCUCUUUAUCGAUAUACGAUAGAACGCUCGGUGGUAACAGAACUGAAGUUGGUGGCUGGUGCAGGUGGUGUUACCGCUGUUUCAUGAUGUUUACUUUGUCAACCUGUUGUUUCUUUUUUGUGGUGUCAAACUUCCGGAUGAGAUAUAAGGCGCAAGAAAAGGUUUAGUAGUAAAGAAAUUAAUUCAUGUUCCCCUCGCAAACUUAAUAAGUGGUACAAGCUGGAAAAACGACGAAUUGCUCCAGCUGCUUUUUGAUGCAGCUCUCCAACUUUUCACAGUCCUUUCUUUCCACCGAUGUUAUCUCUAUUGCUUUCAUGUAAGUCAACAAAAUUAAAAAAAAACAGCAGCUAAUUAAUAAAGUAAACAGAAAGUUUGAAAGUAUCAACAGCUGCAUAGAUUUUGAAUUAUUAUGUACACCAUGGAGUGACUCUUUAUUAGGUGUUGGCGAAUUUUUGAAGAAUCGCAUUUAUAGCUAUCUCUAUUUAUAUUUUAUAAAAUAAAAAUCUUUAUGUAUUGUUGAAAGCGUGGAAAAUUUUUAAAAUAAAUCUUCUAAUUACGAUGA